ACUAUUCGUUGAACCCUAACCACUCGAUUUCCCCCAAAUCUUUCCUCACCAAUACCUCAAACAAUCAAUUCAACCCUAAAAUUCACAAUCAAACAACUCACUCUAAUCGAUUUUCACCCUCUACAACACAACAAUUUCAUCUUUCCAUCAGUAAAUCAUCCCUAAUUAUUAGAAUCAUGGAAACCCUAGCUUCGUCCGCAUCAAUCGUAUCAUCUCUCUCAAUCUUCUAUCCAAAAUCAAAACCUCAAAUCACCAAAAGGCGUUGCAGAUUCUCCAUAGCCUCCAAGAAUGAUGAUAAUGAAUUUGGUCUCCGAUCGGAGUCUAAUGAUGCUAGUAUUGUACCGAUUUCCAGCAAUCAAAGUUUCUCUAAGGAUGAUGCGAUGGGAUUAGUUCUUAGUGCAGCAAAUGUUAGGGGUUGGACAACAGGGUCGGGUAUGGAAGGGCCGCCAGUGUCCGCAAAUGGUGGUUGUGGUGGUGAGGAAUCCAGUACACACAAGAUCUCCACCUUCCCAUGGUCCCUCUUCACCAAAUCUCCGAGACGCCGUAUGCGUGUUGCAUUCACUUGUAAUGUAUGCGGUCAAAGAACAACACGUGCUAUUAAUCCACAUGCAUAUACUGACGGCACCGUCUUUGUUCAGUGUUGUGGAUGUAAUGUGUUUCACAAGCUUGUGGAUAAUUUGAAUCUAUUUCAUGAAAUGAAGUGCUAUGUGAAUCAAUCCUUUAAUUAUCAGGAUCCAAAUGGUAAUGCUACUACUCUUGGAUUCAAGUAUCUUGACAUGGAUGAUGAAAAUGAUAACCCCUUUCCACUUUUGUGAGGUUUAUAUUAUGUGGAUGGAUAUUUAUAUGUAUAUUCUUUUAAUUGUACCUAUAUUCUAUGUACUUAUUCUACUUGUAAAUAAUUUCCUAAAUCAUUUAUUGGAAUAAAUCUGUGUUUGUGUACUCA